AUGAGCAAAGACUUGGGCUUAGGGCUCAAGCUUCACGACCCAAACUUGUUUGAGUCGUUGGAGAUCUUGAAGUCUCGGCUUGAAGAGACGUUUAAGCCACCAAGAGCCGAGUUCAGAGAACGCUCUGCACUCCUGAGGCUCAAGCAAGGUAAGCGUGACAUGCAUGCUUACGCACAGUACCUGCGCUACCUUGCAAGUAGUGUUACGGAGAACCCUGUUGAUGAGUACACGCUCAUCAACGUGUUCAUCUACGGUCUUGUAGAUGGACCGGUGAAGACCUACAUGUUCCGAGAGGACUUCCAUACGCUGGAAAAGGCGAUAGCGUAUGCGGAACAAGAAGACUUCAGCCUGAGACAGUCUCAGGCUAACUCGUCAAACUAUCGUCCGACGAGACAACACGGAACAGGAGGUCCCAAACCAAUGGACCUCUGUUACAUCGAGAGCGAGACCUCUCGCUCUCUGAGUCACAAGUGA